AUGACUGCGGCAUCAACAGAAAAUGAUACAUUUUCACCCUUACUUGAUACAAUCGAUAUUUUGAAUCAAACAAAUACAACAACAAAAGAGAUUUUUAUUGCACGUACUGACGGAAUGUUGUUAUCAUAUUCAUUCCUUUUACUUGCUGCACUACUAUGUGUUUAUUUUGGUUCGUACCGUUCUGUAACACGUAAGAAUAAACAGAAGAAAUCCGGUGAAAAACCUGAUAUACUAACAGCAAAAGAUGCGGCUAUGUUUCCAUUUAUUGCAAGUGGAUUUCUGUUUGGUAUCUAUUUAGUUAUAUUACUCGUAUCAAAAGAAUAUAUAUCUUUUGUUCUUAACAUUUACUUUUUUCUCAUUGGUAUUGUCGCACUCUAUCGAGCCAUAGAGCCAGUUUUUGCUAAAAUUCGUUUACCGUUAUUGAAUAAACUUCGUGAAAGACAAUUUCAUAUCAAUUUAACAGAAAACAAACCAUCGGAUACAACAGAAAAUGAAUCCGGUUUGAUGCGUAUAGAUUUUAAAUUUGAUCUGAUUGAUGUUGGCGUUUUAUUUCUCUGUGUUUUGGUUGGUGUGUGGUAUUUACUUAAACGACAUUGGAUUGCAAAUAAUAUCUUUGGUAUUGCAUUUUCCAUCAAUGCCAUUGAAAUUCUUCAUUUUAACAAAGUUUUGAAUGGAGUUGUUUUACUUAGUGGUCUUUUUGUUUAUGAUAUCUUUUGGGUUUUUGGAACCAAUGUAAUGGUAACAGUAGCAAAAUCAUUUGAUGCACCAAUCAAAUUACUUUUUCCACAAGAUUUAAUUGAGAAUGGGCUAUUUGCUGCAAACAAAUUUGCAAUGCUCGGACUUGGUGAUAUCGUCAUUCCCGGUGCUUUUAUCGCCCUAUUGCUCCGUUAUGAUAUGUCUCGACGACAAACUGGCAGAAAAUCGGUGACACUCUACUUUACGGUAUCAUUUAUUGCCUAUGUAAUUGCUUUGAUUGUUACAAUUCUCGUUCUUCAAAUGUUUAAACAUGCUCAGCCAGCGUUACUUUAUAUCGUACCAUUAUGUUUGAUAUUUCCGCUUGUGACAGCAUUGAUCUGUAAAGAUUGGGCAAGCAUGUUUGCUUAUGAAGAUCAUUCCGAAGAAAAAAAGAAUGACUAA